CUUCAAUCAACACUGGACAAGACGUCAGUUGGCGAUAUCAAAAUUCUAAUGGGCGACAUGAAUGCCAAACUGGGAGGGGACAACACGGGAAGAGAACUAACCAUGGGUCGAGAGGCGCUAGGUGAAAUGAAUGAGAAUGGAGAAUUGUUUGCAGAAUUCUGUGCAUUCAACGAUUUGGUGAUUGGAGGCAGUGUGUUCAGGCACAAGGAUAUCCACAAAGCGACAUGGACUUCACCAGAUGGACACACUAAAAAUCAAAUCGACUUUAUCUCAAUCUCAAGAAAAUGGAGACGCAGUCUACUUAACACAAGGUCAAGAAGAGGAGCAGAUGUAGGUUCAGACCACUAUCUAGUGCAAGGAACCUUCCAAAUCAAGUUAAAAGCCUUCAAGGAAGCUGGUGAUAGACCUCAAUUCAAGUACAACACUCGGAAACUGAAGGAUGAAACUACAAAGGAGAUCUUCAAAGCAGCCAUCAAGACAAAAUGGGAGACGUCGAGGGACAUCCCUGAAGAAACCUGUGUAGAAGAACACUGGAAGUCUUUGAAAGCUAUGUGGAAAGAAACCUGCACAACAGUAUUAGGAAGGAAGAAGAAAGAAGACAAGGAAUGGAUCUCGACGGAUACCUGGAAGCUGAUAGAGGAGAGGAGGAUGGUGAAGCAGAAGAUAAACCAGUGCAAGGAUGCUCAACGACAAGAGGAACUGAGCACAAUGUAUAAAACACUGGAUAAAGAAGUGAAGAAGAGUGCACGCAAAGACAAACGACACUUCUACGACACACUGGCAAGUGAAGCAGAACAGGCUGCAGGUAAGAGAGACCUGACGACAUUGUAUCAAAUAACCAGGUUGCUAUCAGGGAAGAGACCAACACAGAUGAAACCAAUAAAAGAUGAAGAAGGAAAUUUAAUUACAAAAGAAGAGAAACAGAGGAAACGAUGGGCCGACCACUUCAAGAAGCUCUUGAAUCGACCACCACCUGCACUUCGUCCAGAAAUACCACCUGCAGCCGCUGAAUUACAAGUGAACAUAAAUCCCCCAACGAAAAUGGAAGUCCUGAACGCCAUAAAGCUACUGAAAUGCGGGAAAGCAGCAGGACCAGAUGGAAUACCGCCAGAAGCACUGAGAACAGAUGCAGAGACAACAGCGGACAUGCUCACACCACUAUUGCAGAAGGUGUGGAAGGAAGAGAAGGUACCUGACGAUUGGAAGAAGGGUUACCUUGUCAAACUGCCGAA